CUAACAGGGCUCCUGCUCCACGACGUGACCAUGGCCGGGCUGCAGGAGCUGAGGUUCCCCGAGGAGAAGCCGCUGCUCCGGGGCCUGGACGCCACCGAGCUGGAGAACUCUGACACCUUCCUCUUGGCCGAGGACACAGACUGGAAGGAGCAUGACAUUGAGACGCCCUACGGCCUUCUGCACGUGGUGAUCCGGGGCUCCCCCAAGGGGAACCGCCCGGCCAUCCUCACCUACCACGAUGUGGGCCUCAACCGUAACUGUUUCAACACCUUCUUCAACUUCGAGGACAUGCAGGAGAUCACCAAGCACUUCGUGGUGUGCCACGUGGAUGCGCCCGGCCAGCAGGUGGGGGCGUCCCAGUUUCCUCAGGGGUACCAGUUCCCGUCCAUGGAGCAGCUGGCCGCCAUGCUCCCCAGCGUGGUGCAGCACUUCGGGUUCAAGUACGUGAUUGGCAUCGGCGUGGGAGCCGGAGCCUAUGUGCUGGCCAAGUUUGCAGUGAGUUUGCCCUGCACCCCCCACCCCCACCCCCAGGGCUGGCCUUCCUGGGGCGGCCCUUCACUCUCGGGCCUCACCAGCACUUUACCCGACACGGUGCUAUCCCACCUCUUCAGCCAGGAGGAGCUGAUGAACAACGCGGAGCUGGUGCAGAGCUACCGGCAGCAGAUCGGGAACGUGGUGAACCAGGCCAACCUGCAGCUCUUCUGGAACAUGUACAACAGGUGUGGGCGCGGGGCGCAGGCCCGGGACCCCUCAGUACAGCCCCCCCGCCAGGGGCGCAGGCAGACGGGCCACACCGUCCUCAGGGUGCAGAUGAGCAGAGCCAGCCUCCGAGAGGAGUCACUGCCUGCCCAGGGUCACCCCCGUGAAGGGCACAGGGAGCUGACUUCAUUGCUCCUCCUCCCCGGGCAUGGCUGCCCUGUCUUCCUUUCCCGGCAGCUUAUCUUCCCCGACCUGGUGGAGGGGCUGGUGCUGAUGAACAUCGACCCCAACGGCAAAGGCUGGAUCGACUGGGCCGCCACCAAGUCUGUCCGCAGCUGCCCUGUGAUGCUGGUGGUCGGGGACAACGCGCCCGCUGAGGACGGGGUGGUUGAGUGCAACUCCAAGCUGGACCCCACCACCACGACCUUCCUGAAGAUGGCGGACUCCGGGGGGCUCCCGCAGGUCACACAGCCCGGGAAGCUGACGGAAGCUUUCAAGUACUUCCUGCAGGGCAUGGGCUACAUGCCCUCGGCCAGCAUGACCCGGCUCGCCCGCUCUCGGACCGCGUCCCUCACCAGUGCCAGCUCGGUGGAGGGCAGCCGCCCGCAGGCCUGCACCCACUCGGAGAGCAGCGAUGGGCUGGGCCAGGUCAACCACACCAUGGAGGUGUCCUGUUGAAGCCCUGGUCCCCUGAAGAUGCCCACGUGCCCCCACCCGCGUCGAGGUCCCACUGCCACCCUCGCGCCCGCCGGCUCCUUUUCUGUUUUGUUUCUUUCUGUGAGGGCAAAGGGAGGAAAGGGGGUUACGGCUCUCAGAUGCUACAGCAGAAUAGUCUCCAGGGGGUCCCCAGGCCCCACCUCACUAACCUUGUUGACCUGGCUAACUUGGGCUGGUUCUGCCGAGUCCCCAGCACCUGGGCGGGAGGGGGACCAGCUAAGGGAAGGCUGAGUCCCUCUGUGGCCAGGAUCCAGGAUGAUAUCCUGGGUUAAAGAAAGAGCAAGGGAUGACCCCUGGGGCAGGCAGGUUUGACGGUGGGAUGGAGUGGUGAGGUGAUGGGUGCAGCUCAGGCACUGGCAUGAGAACCAGGAGAGGCAGCAGGGAGCCCUGGGACCCCCCACCCUCACCCCCACCACCCCAGCUCCCACCAAGCACAUCUGAUUCUGUCUCAUAGCACAUAUGACAAUCAUCUGAACAGUAGCCACAGGGGGCGCUCCCACAGGCCUCUUGCGGGUACUGCAGGGCCAGGCAGGCAGGGGCUGAAAGGGAUUUCUCUGUCCAAGGAAAACAAAAGAAAGGACCUUGAGGGCAGGAACCCCACAGACUGUCUCUUCCGGCUCACACACCCGCCCCCCCAUGUCUGCACCAAGGCCCCAAAGCAGGUGGUCUCCUGGUCUUCCACCUCCAUAGGGACCUGGCUUGGGGCUGAGGUUAAAGGCUGGGAUAGCCAGUGAGGACGGGGUGUACCCCUGCCUGCCUUUGGGAGCCAGCAUGUGGCCCCAGGGGGCAGUGGCUGAAAGUCCCAAUAGAUCCCUCUUUGGCCCCCCAGGUUCCAUGCAGGACAGUGUGGCCAAGGCCGCCAGAAACAUGGUAUUUCUAGGAAGAGUCCUGGUAGAGUUAUGCUGGCGUUUCACCCAGGCCUCCCUAAGCAAGGCGAGAGUUUCUGUAGAACUGGUCCAGGGUGUCAAGACGCCCGCGGCCCCAUCCCAUCUCAGCCUGUGGAGUGGCUUGGGCUGGGGCUUUGCUAGAUCCGGGGGCAGGAGGGGAAGGUUCCUGCAGUGAACAAGGACCAGGCAGAGGAGAGAGGCUCCCCCGCCCCCCGUACAUCCACCACCUUAUCAGGUAGAAUCUCUGGGCCCAGAAACCAGAAGCCAUUUGCCUCAGAGCCUGAGUCAGUUGCCACAAACCCCCAAACGAGUAAAAAGAAAGGGGAGAGAGCUAUGAAAAUCGGAGGGCCGGGGUGUGUAUGUUGGGGGGGGGGGGGGUUGUGCUCUGAGGCUGGGAGGAUACCCAUAUCUAUGUUUCCUCUGCACAUAUUACCCCCUCCCCCCAACACACACCCCCAAUAAUCUUAAGCCAUUGCUAGACUUCUCUAGAGCCUGGUGGAGUGUUAGUCUGUGCCCAGUUCUAUUCACUCACGUGCUUCCUUUGAAUAUCGAAUGUGACCGUUUGAAAAGCUGGUAGAAUUAAUCCCUCUUACUGUAGAUAGUGCUGCAAGUUGGAUUUCUCUUGUUUUGCUGUGUUCUUUCAGAUGAGAUAUCUAUAAAUACCUAUACAUUAUAUAUAUAUAUGUAUGUAUAUUGGGUCCUCCUGUGUGUGGUUUUCCAUCGGAGGUUGUCUCUUCUUUGGUCAAAGUGAACUUUCAAUGGAGUUUAUUAUUUUCCUCUCUGUACAGGGUGGAGAGCCCAAUUUUGUGUAUUCUAGUGGCUAAUGUCAUGAGACUCGGAAAUGACAAAAUGUAAAACAAGUAAAAACCCUUGUCAACAUAGAAAGAGUUAACUGUGCCGAAAACCAAUAAAGAAACUAAAAGGAA